AUGUCAACGGUUCGGUCCGCGAGUGUCAUGGCGCUGCUGGGGACUCUGGCUGCUAAAUGUUGUCGGUCGUUACUUUCUAAACCCUGCAAGGGGCUGUUCUGUGGAGUUUUACGACCAAGCUGGAUUCAGGGCCGCAUUGGAGCUAAGAGGCAUUUGUUGUCAGAAGAUGUUAUCAAACUGGAAGAUUUCCAGCAAAGAAAGUUAGCUGUGGCUCACCUUGUUACAGGAUCAGAUGGCAAUUAUAUUGAGCUGUUCAGAAAGAAGAUGCAACAAAAUAAGCUGAUUCUGCGAGAUGACCUAAAGUUGCUUCUCCACCUGUGUCAAAAGCCAGACGAUAUGCUAGUAGCCCGAGAAGCCAUCUAUAGGUAUCAUGCGGAGAACCGGAACUUUUUGUAUGGAGACUUCAGGUUUGGCCCACUUUUCAUGAGGCUUUGCUAUGAACUUGGCAUGGAGGAAAUGGCUGCUGCAACUUUAACUGAUAAGAAUAUGAAAGGCUUUUUUAUUGAUUCAACCUCUUUUAACAUCGCCAUCAACAUGUUGUUUGUUAAAGGCUCAUAUGAAAGCGCUAUGGACGUCUUUAGAACGAUGAGGAGCCAAGGAGUACCAUUCAACAAAGACACACUCACACUAGCGAUUGCUACCUGCUAUAAACUGAACACAGCAGAAUGUUACAAAAUCAGUAUGUCACUAAUAGAAGAACAACAGACCAGAGGCCAAGUCGUCACUCGCCAUGCAUAUUGCUUUGCUAUUGCAUUAGCACUCAGACAGAAUGACCUAGAAAAGGCACACACUUUGUAUACACAAAUUAUGAGCACUGACUCCAAAUUGUGCCAAAACUUUAACGUUUUGAUACUUACCAUGUCAGGAGAUGUUUUAGAGGCUGUUUCUGUGCUGUCGGCAGCGAUGUCACCCAGUUUGUCAUUUCUUGUGAAAAAGCCAGAGUUUUCCCAGGAAGUGGUCGAUUUGCUCCUUUUGAGGAGUGAAGGCAGACCUUUCAAGAUGAAAGUGGAGCAGGUGGUGACUCAGCUCCAACAGGCCGGUCAGGUGACCCAGGAGACACUCGACGACAUGCUGUGCCGUGUCCCGACAGGGAAGAGGAAACCGAUUGUGAUGAACGUGAUGAGGAGGACCAGCCGAAGGACUCUGAGGUCAUUGCAGUCCAAUCUGUUGUCAGAGUGAAGCCAGAGGCGAACACCUAAAAUCAACUCUCUCACUGGUGAUGAACUCUAAUGUGAAAUUUCUGGGGAUGUUAUUACACCCUAUUAAUAUGGGCUCUGUUACCAGCAGAAUUAUGAAAGCCAGUGCUGUUUACCUCAUACAGACAGAAAAAUGCUAAAUUUGAUAAAUAAGACUGAAGCAGUACUUAUUUUCAUUACUAUUAUUAUUUUAUUUUAAACAUUGAAGAAUUUUUUCAAAAUUUACCAACACAAAUCUCGUCAGGAUCCCAUGAUCUUGGGAUCAAGAUCGUUUCUGUCUUUGUUCCCAGGUCAGACAUGAUCUUAUUAUCAACAAAAACUAGAAUAACUAUGGCUAUUUGAAGCCCCUGUGUACCUUUAAGAAAAGGACAGUGUUUAAAUCAAAACUAUCAUACUUCCUGGAGUCAGAUCAAGUGUAAUCUGUAGAUACAUUGCACAUCCCUAUUACCUUUAAUUAUCUAUUUCUGAGAGAAAUGUAUGCUCUUUGGCUCCAUGUCUCAUUUGCUGAAACGUCUGUAAGAAGACAGUAUUUGUAUUAUUCUUCCAAGAAUCCUGUGUUAACAUUGAGCGAUUUGAGGGGGUUGUUUUUUGUAUAUUCGGUAUAGAUGUCUGAGUGAUUAAAGGUGAGCAAAUAUUUAACAAUAAAAUAGAUUUGAAAUGAACAUAAUUAAGAAAUUAAGAUUUUCUUUGGUGUCAUUGUGUGCUGAGUGUAAAAUCAUAUGCAGAGGAUUAAACUGAUAAGAUUGCAAAAUAUUACCAAUAAAUAUCUUCAGCCUGGA